UUUUGGUCGCUGAGUGGAAUGCAUGAAUUUUUGUUCCGCAAUGUCAAGCAUGUCUCGAAAAUUGCAUCAUGAAUAUUCGUAAAAUUUGCUUCAAUGGUGAAACUUUCCUAUAAUUUAGAAGCAAAACAUGAUGAGAUUUGCGUCGAGAGUGAAUGAAGAUUGUUUUUCAUCGGGCUGUGAUAAUAAUUAGCGUUUUAUUUGACAUUCGAUUCCACGUGUUCUUAGAGUUUCUGUCAUUGUGGAAGUCUACGUGUCUUGGAAAUAGUUUAUUUUUUUGUUGUGUUCGUGACUGCAUUUAAAGCAAAACAUGGAGUCGUUGAAUAUGGCUAAACUUAACCUGUCCAGUGUGAGAAACAAUGUAGUUGCUGAAAGUGCACCUCCAAAACAAGAAGUUCCUGACACCAAGUUAGAAACCAAUUCAUUUACUGACCCUGAAGAGGAGUAUCAUUGUGAAUACCGCGAGGACAUAUGGAAGACCCUACUGGAACAGGAUGCUGAGAAGCCAACCAUACACCUCCAGUCACCUCAGUUGGAGUUUCGAGGUGCCUUGGUCCAGCAACUCCGAGAUGUCACAAAGAAACUAAGUCUCACGCUAGCAACUCUGCAUUCAGCGGUGGCCCUGUUGGACCUAUUCAUGGAUGCCCAUAGACUGAGAGCCGAUAGACUGACCCAUGUUGCAUUGGCAUGUUUGAGCUUAGCUGCCAAAAGUGAAGAGAACUUCAGCAAAGCACCCACCUUAAAAACCCUAUCAAAAGUCAGUGGAGUCCAACUAUGUGGCAAGACAUUCAGACAGCUGGAGUGGAUGGUGGGCCAGCACGUGCGCUGGAGGCUGCUCUCUCCCACGCCCGUAACCUUCGCGUCUCUGCUGGCCCAGUACGUGGUGGCCGAUUGCGACCUCACAACUCGCCACCCCAAGUUCGUGAGAAGAUUCCGACGGGAUGGUGCGAAGCUAUUGGAAGCAUAUUUGGAUUUAACACUAUCCGAUGUGCGUCUCAAAGUAGUGGAGUGUGUGGACGUGGGUUGUGCAUGUGUAGCGUGCGCGCGUGCGGAGCUGGGGUUGAGCGCGUGGCCCGCGUGGCUCGCCGCUAUAGCGGGCAGAGACCGGUCCACUGUGGCACCUAUAGCACGACUGUUACAGAGGAUGAUGCAAAUACUGAAAACCCGUGAAAACCCCGAUUUAGAAACCGAUCAAGGCUACAGCAGUGCGAAAACCUCACCCAACGUAACGCCCUGUACAUCUCCAACCCAUCAAAUAUCACCGUCAAGUUCAACAUCAUCCCAUAAAAGCAUCAUAGAUACUUCAUAUAGACAACACCCGAUACGACAAGAUCCACCAACAUUUAUAGAACAUAGACGACCAGACAUACCGACUACAUGUGUCGAACAACAUAGGAAUUCCACAUACGUACAAGAUAUGUCAUCUGCAUUUCUAGAUGUUACCGAUACAAAUCUACCAAGUGUACCAAAUCAAGAGUAUUUGAAUGCAAAUUUGUAUCGGAUACCCGUCGAUAUGAGUUGUCAAAGAGUCAACCAUCCAGCGGAUUACAGGUUUUGUAGAUCAAGUCGCUUGUUGGAAUCCAGUUAUGAUUCGGUUCAGCCAUCUACCAGUGUUGCGGUGAAACGUGGAUUGGAUAGUAAUGUAGAGUUAGAUAGGAAAAGGUAUAGGUUAACCUCGCAACUGUCUCAGGUGGUUCUAUGAUUGUUUAUGGGUUUGUCUAGUCUGUGGCUGUGGUUUUUUGGAUGACAAGUGUUUUUUUUUUUUCGAACGUUUGGGCUGGAGAGUAAAAUUUUUUUUGGCAACAAAAUUUUUUUUUCAAUCAUGUUUGUAAACAAUUAAAUUACAUACACAAGUCAACAACAAAUAGGUAAUGUACAAAAAAUUAUAAUAGGUAAUCCAAAUGUUCCAAAAAAAAAAAACGUCAAAUUCAUCAAACCAUUAAUUUUAUGUAAUUAUUUCAUAUUGAUUGACUGACUGACUGGAGUGGACUGGGCUGGACUGGAUUGAACUCUGGACUGGACCAGAUAGGACAGGACUAGAUUAUAUCAGACCGGACUGGAUCAGACCCAAUAUGUAUUUUUUUAUUACACUGACAUGCUAAGAUUGAUAGAUUCACAUUAUAAAUAGGUUCAGACUGGCUGUUGAAUAUUGGAAUUUUUUGUCACAGACUUUAGAAAAAAGAUAGACGGAAAAUGUGCCACCAAAAAACGAAACACAUUUAGAAAAUAGAAACCAGUUUCAUUUAGUUAAAAAAGCGUUUUAUUUAAACAGCUACAAUAUCGCCUUAAGUCCACGUGAAAAAAAUCCAUGUUAUAUUUUAUAUUUCAUACUUACUAUACUUCUUCUUAUGCAUUUUUUCAAAUAUACUUUUUAAUAGCAUUUUUCUGACAUUUGAAAUCUUUAUACAGUGUAACGACAUUGCCAUUUAUUGAUGUUAAAUUUGACAGUUCUUGUAAGUCAAAUUUGACAGAUCAAAAUGCGCUUAACGAAUACAAUGUCAUUAAAUAAGGGCGCAGUGGGUGGACUUUUGGUUUUAGUAAUAUUACAUUAAAAAAUAAUGUCAAAAUAUUAUGUAAUAUUCCUAACUUCGAAUUUAGACAACGUUUAGUUUAAUUAGCGAUUAUUUAUUGUUAGUUAAUGAUCGUGAUAAUUCAGCUCCAAAUGAAUGGUUAAAAAUUAAAUUUUUAAUCAUUUCAUCAAAUGAAAUUUAAUAAAGCAAAUUUGGAAAAUUAAUUAAUUAAAAACAUGGCUGAAUUGUCGCGAGUAAAAAGCAUAAUACCUACCUAUGACAAAUGUUAUAUUAGUUACUACUUAUACUAUAUUUCAUUAGUUAUUAUUACUAUACUCUGUUCAUGAUGUUAUUUUCUUUUUGACUGUGUUUUUGACAGUGAAGUGUCAUAACUGUCAAGAAUAAUGUCAUACUUAAUUCCUUUGAAGAAGUAAAGCUUUUUGUGGUAUUUAUCACGUAAAAUAAAGAAAUGAUCCACAGAUAUCCAAUUUAAACAAAUAAAAUAAAAAAUUCGAAACAUAUAAUCCCAAAUGUCACUAAAUUAAUCUGUCAAAUGAAAAUAACAUAGUGAAUGGAGUAUAUAUAACCAGGCUUUGCCUAUCGAUAUUUAUUAAAAGACUUAUAAAAGUUAAACGUUUUGUAUGACGUAUUAAUAUUGUAGUGUUAGAUAGAAACAAAUUAGGUCGAAUUCACAACUUUUGACAGCAAAUAGUGUGACCAGAGUAUAGGCCUAAAAUUUUACAAUCAAACUAAAAACCUUAAAAUAAAAGAACUAAUCAUUCAGCUGUCUUACUUUUAUUUCUUCUAAAAUUGGCGAACUUAUAUCUUACAAGCAACUUAACUACAUAAGAAGCUAAAUUGAUGUCAAAAGCGACUCUACAGAAAGAUUCGCGACAGGCUAUCGGAUCUGUCAAAUUGACAGUUUGAAUGGAAUAACAGCACGCGACCUAGUAGCAACUCGAGUAGCCAUAUGUCAAAAGGUAAAAAAUUUCCCUAUAAAAAUCUAAUUUUUCAAAUUCAGGUCUUGAAAUGUUAUACUUACUCGAAUUUAAAGUUUCUGGUAAUGCUUUCGUAAUAGCUGAAUUUUUAUGAUAAUAAACUAAAAAGUGUAAAGUUAUGGAUUCGACUUGUCUUGACGAUUCUUGAGGAAUGAACACCGAUUUUAAGCUACUUGCUAGUGAAGAGGCUUGCUUUAUUUUCAUAACUUAGGUCAUUAGGCCCUUUUCCACUAAAGCUAUGAUGAGCUAAGCUAGAAAAUGAUGCGAUUCUAUAUGUGAGUUACACAAUAUCGCAUAGCUUGAAACAUGUAUAAUAUAUAAUAAUAUAUUAGGUGUCUGUUCGUCAUCGUCAGAAGUACUGUAUUUAGUAUAUGUACCGUUUUCAUUCACACGGAUCGAUUUUUAGAAAACUUACUAUUAUGAAAUAAUAUAAUAGUUUGGAUGACUGUGCAUGCAACAUGCAUAAUCUAACUGAUCAAAAUGAAAAAUAAUUCUAAUAACUAAAAUGACAGUAUAUGAAUUAGCCACACUGUCAAUGAAAUUAAACAAUCAAAAAUUAACGCAUCCUGCUAACAAAGUCAAAAUAUUUUGAAAUACAUAAAAUCGAUCUGUUAUAAUGGAAACAGGGUUUUCAAAUGUUUCCUUUAACCUAAUUAAUUAAUUAAUAUCUAUAUGUUUCGAAUAAACUAAUUAACUGAAGAGAUUGUAUACUAUAAUCGAAAUAAUACUGCCGUAAAUAUAUUAUAAGCUAUUUUAUAUAAAAUAAAAUACAGCGGGUUAUUCUAUAAC